UAAACAAAUUGCGAUAAGAAUUAUGCUCGUUUAUUGGUCUUCGUGUUGGAGCUGGGGCCCGGAAUUGUUGGUAUGUGGGGUGCUCUGGGGCUCUGAGAUAGGAUGAUAUAUAAAAAGACUUCUUUCGCCGCGUUGAGAGAAUCAGAGGUUGGAAACUCAAGAAAUUGUCAUUUUGGAGUUUUGAUUAACUUGUUUCAACAUGAGUACUGCAGUAAGACGGACUUUCUCAAUAUUGGUGAAAAAUAACUAACAAUGUCACAGCCGGAAUUCACUGAAACUAUCCCGAGCGGAGGGAAUCCAACAACCAUGGAUGUGAAUGCACCCUUCGUUGGGCUCGAAUACCACUAUACGUAUAUUGUGUUCUGUGGAUUCAUAGUUUGGCUCAUCAUCCCCGGUAUUGGACUCUUAUAUGGCGGACUCGCUCGUCGAAAGUCGGCGUUGGCUCUGCUGUUCCAGAGUUUGAUGGUCGUCUCUGUGAUUACGAUACAAUGGAUGUUUUGGGGAUAUUCUCUGGCGUAUUCAAGAACUGCUGGUCCAUUUAUCGGAGAUCUCACGAACUUUGGAAUGAAACAUGUCAUGGCUGCUCCUUCUCCAGGGAGUGCUGUUCUGCCAGAGAUCGUCUUUUGCCUCUACCAACUCUUGUUUUGGUAGGUUCUCCGAAGAGAGAGGGGGCGAUUCGAGGAGGCUAAUAUUUUUUAGUGCUUGUACUGUCCAAAUUGUAGUUGGCGGCGCAUUCGAAAGAGGUCGUAUCAUUCCCAGUCUCGUUUUUGCUUUCUGGUGGGCCACAAUUGUGUAUUGCCCCAUCGCAUGCUGGACAUGGAACAGUAGCGGAUGGCUGUUCAAUGUAAGUAUUCCCCUGGUCGCGCUCUCGUGAAUAGUAGUUUGCAAAAUGGCUGACUGUAAUUCAAGCUUCCCUCGCUUGAUUUUGCAGGAGGUGGGCCUGUUCACAUAGCGAGUGGUUGGUCAGCCCUCGCGUAUGCCUUUGUCCUUGGAAAACGCAAGCAUUCUGGGGAUUCAAGUCACGGAAAGCCUCACAAUACAACACUCGUCUUUCUAGGUACAGUUCUCAUCUGGUUCGGCUGGUUUGGAUUCAACGGAGGCUCUGCUCUCAAUGCGUCAAUCAGAGCAAUGCUGGCAGCAUUUAAUACCAACGUCGCAGCGUCCACCGGAGUUCUUGGCUGGGUUAUGGUUGAUUACUUCAAGCAUGGUAGAAGAUUCAGCGUUGUUGGUGCUUGUGAGGGUGCUAUUGCCGGACUCGUGGGUAUUACUCCUGCCGCUGGUUACGUUGAACCAUGGCUAGCGGCUGUUAUUGGAUUUAUCACAGCUGUUGUUUGUGCUCUUCUGCAGAAUCUUAAUGACUGGCUUCAUAUUGAUGAGGGAAUGGACGUGUUUAAGCUUCAUGGCGUCGGGGGGAUGGUCGGGAGUUUCUUGACUGGUCUUUUUGCCACUUCGAAAAGUAAGUAUCCCUUCACUUGAACUUUUAGAAACACCAGGAUGGUCGAACAAGGUCGUCUAGGGAGAUCAAAGGAUGUUUCAGUUACGGAUGAAGGCUAAGAUUAAACAGUAUCCGCUCUCGAUGGUGCGACCAUUGCCUCGGGAGCAGUCGAUGGCGUGGGAAUCCAGGUCGGAAAACAAUUUGCAGAAAUUACUGCUAUCUCCGCAUAUUCCUUCGUUGUUUCCUGCGCUCUUCUCUACAUUCUGAAAUUUAUACCCGGAAUGCAUUUGAGAGUUACAGAGGAGGCGGAGAUGAAUGGUUUAGAUAUUGACCAAUUCUUUGAUGAGCAAAUCGGGGACUGGGGCAUGUUUGAUGAGUUAACAAGAAGGAAGGGUCUAUCAGAAAUUGAGGCUUCUGGCACGCCUCCGGCAUCGUUAGUUGUUGCGCCUGUCGAUGUGGUCGGCAAGAAUGAUUAGAUGGUUGCGUAUAGGAUAGAUGAGACGUUUGAGGUAUCCAGCCCGGGGUUCUUUAAUAGGUGGAUUGGUCGAACUUGAGCAAGAACGGGUAUAUAGAUCCAAAUUAGCUAGCAUCACUUAC